CAAGAAGACAGUGAACAGUUUUGUAGUUUCAGUGUUAUUUUAUUGUGUAUAAACCGACAUAUUUGUGUUUAACUAUAAGCAUUAGUUUAGAUUUAAGUGUUGAUUGUUAAAUUGGAACAAAAAAAGUGUUGAAAUAUGCAGUGAUUGGAUUGGAUUUUUUUUUCGUAUCGGUUGACAAUAAGAUGUAUUUCUAUCUUGAACUUUAGUGGAGUAAUAACAAAAUAUGACGGUGCUAAAACAAUGACCCAACAACAACCAGAAGACAAUCUACAACCAAAACCACAUUUAUCAUAAAUUCAUUACCCCUGACACAAUUUUUCAAUAGUUUCCAUUCACAAAUCGAACAAAAUUAAAAUUCCGAUGAGAGAAUUCGCUUGUGGAAUCUCUUCUACCUGUUCCAAAAAUAAUUGAAAGUAAAAAUACAAAAUUUCGAAUUGCUCGAAGCGAUUCAUUGAAGUGAAAACGAAAUAAUAAACUACUCUGAGAUUGACCCACAAAAACAAAAAUUGACCAAUUGAAACGAAAUGAUAAAAGAAAUAAAUUAAUCUAGAACAAAACUUAUAAAAAUAUAUUUGUAUUAAAAUAUAUAUUUAUUACCAAGUGCCAAAUUUUAUCAAAACCACAAUAUAAUUCUCCUUUACCAUCUAGUCAAAGGUCAUCCUAUAAAUUAUGUGUCAAUCUACAAUUUCAUAUUGAAAUUCUAUCUAUCUAUUAAAUUAAUAUAGUUAUUUUAUUUUUUACAAAAAUGGCGGAAUUGCAAUUUUUAUAAGUUUUGUGUGAUUUUUUUUGGAAAAAGUUGUGGUCAAUAAAAUGGGAGAUGGCAGAUUUAGUCGUAUGUUGGAUGAAGCAGUUUUGGAGGAAUAUUUGACUGAAUAUAAACUUCAAGGGCCACCUGAACCUUUGCAGCAAUAUGAAGAGGGUGAAUUGGAGGCUCGAUGGCUCGAUGCAGCAGGUCUAGGGUCCCUUACCCUGGCCUUCAAAAGGGGCAAAGAGUUGUCCGCCGAAGAACUGGCGCCUCUGCUCCGAGGUCUUACCAGGGCGCAGCAGGAGGCAGUCGGAAAGAGGGUCAGGACACUCAAUAGGACUGUUAGAGCCAAAAGCAGCAAGGUUACUUCUGGUACUGGUCAGGCAGGUGUAGGUGCCUGCAGAAGAGGCAGGAUCAGGCGAGAUAUUAGAGAUGUCUUUGGAGAAGCUGACGCAUCCAGUACAGGAACAAGAUCCAGAAGUGCGACUCCUGAUUCUUUGGAUUCUCAACCUAGUGAUGAAAAUUGGACACCAACACCGAGUUUCCUCUCAAUUUUCGACCAGCCCCAAUCGACCGGAGUCGCCUCCAGACGUCCUCCGCGCAGACCUGCCGCCAAAUCCUCCGGAGUCGCCGGAGAAGUUUCUGGUCAACCUGCUGGCAUUCUUAUAGGAGGCAAACAGCCUCUGCGAAGGUCGCCGAGUGCCCCCUUGCAGGCAGGGAAUCCCCAAUCUGCAAGACUUAAUGCUGAACUUUUCAGAGGGACUAGGUUGAGGGGUGAUGUGGCAUCGGAUUCGGAAGGAAUAGAGCUCUUAGGAUUUCAACGUCUGGGAACGAUACCACGAGUGAGAUCUGGCAGUGAUCCUUCGUGUUCACUAUCUGGUAGAUCUUCAGAACAUAUGAAUGUUUCCCGAAGUCACAACAAUUUAUACUGCAUGGACAACAAUUCAUCAGAAGGGUCUCCUUUGGGACAAACCAGUUCAGGUGAGGAUUCUCCAAUGAGAGCUCUAAGUUUAGCAGGAGAAUCUCCAACGGAGCCUCUCAGUUUCGAAAAUAUGUGCAGGCAACAAUCCCAAGAUAAUGACUGGGAGCCUAUUUCUUUAUGUUCCGGAGGCCUAGAUGUCUCAUUAUUAACCGAAUUGGAACUAAAGAAGUUACAACCUUUAUUGUGGCUCGAAUUGGCAUCUUUGUUUGAUGUCCACAAUGUUGCUCUUGAUAAACGUAAACCGUUGAAACGAAAACGAAAAGAAGGUAAUUGUAAGUUAGUUAUCAGUAUUUUAUUGGGAUUUAUGGUUCCAAUUUAUUUAGAGGGAAAUUUGUUUGGUGUUUCUCUGAAUGCUCUGGUCCGUCGAGAUCAACAAGUUACUGGUGAAGACACUGCUUUGGUGCCUUUAUUGAUCCAGUGGCUUCUUGCUGAAAUUAGGAAACGUGGGGUGAACGAAGAAGGUAUUUUGCGAGUUGCUGGCAACAAACAAAAGGUGGAAUUAUUAAGUGCAGAGCUUGAACGAGACUUCUACAUCCGACCAGAGAAAGUAGCCCCACUUUUAUCUAAGGCUGGUCCUCACGAUUUGUCAGCUUUGCUGAAGAGAUGGCUUCGGGAAUUACCUCAACCUUUACUGUGCAUGGAAUUGGUGCAUCUGUUUUAUCAAGCCCAUGCCCUGCCACCGGGAACAGCCCAGAACACAGGAUUAACUUUAUUAGCAUUAUUGUUGCCGCCAGAACACAGAUGCACUUUACAAGCUCUUCUAAGUUUUUUCAUGGAUGUUGUACGUUCAGAGAAAAAUAAAAUGGAUUUGCAUAAUGUGUCCAUGCUGGUUGCUCCUUCACUUUUUCCACCCAGAUUUGUCCAUCCUGGUGAUAAGAGUGAUAUAGCUGCUCAAUUGCGUAUGGCUGCGCAAUGUUGUCAGCUGACUCAAACUUUAUUGAGUCUCGGAGACUCUUUAUGGGAAGUUCCACCUCAUCUGCUGUCUCAAGCGAGACAAAUGAGGAAGCCUGGACAAAAUAAAAGACAGUUGGUCCGAAAGAAGAAGAUGAGCCCCACGACGUAUUCCAAUAAAUACGGAUAACCAACCAAGUUUGUUUUUUAUACAUAUUUAUAAUAAAUGUUUCUAGUUUCUGACCAUUGACAUAAUUUAUAAUUAUUUACUAUUGCCUGAGUGCAUUUAAUUCAUACACAUCACAUAUGAAAAGUAAUUUAUGUGUACUUAAUAUUUAUAUUAUAU